CAUGCAGGAAAAAAUUUCUUUACAUGGGUGGGUCCAAGUCCAAGGGUAAACAUUAUGGAGCCUGAGCUAAUGAGGGAUGUUUUGUUGAAGUCCAAUAUCUUUCAAAAGACACCCUCACACCCGUUGGUCAAGUUGCUGGUUUCUGGUCUAGUGGUUUUGGAAGGUGAACAAUGGGCCAAACGUAGAAAGAUGAUCAACCCAGUUUUCCAUCCAGAAAAGUUGAAGAAUAUGUUACCGGCAUUUCAUUUGAGUUGUAGCGACAUGUUGAACAAAUGGAAGAAGCUUUCGGUGAAGGGAUCAUGUGAGUUGGAUGUUUGGCCCUAUCUUGAAAAUUUGACAGGGGAUGUGAUUUCUCGGACAGCAUUUGGCAGUAGCUACGAAGAAGGAAGAAGGAUAUUCCAACUCCAGAAAGAACAGACAUAUCUUGCAAUCAAGGUUGCAAUGUCAGUUUAUAUCCCAGGAUGGAGGUUUUUUCCCACAAAGACGAACAAGAGGAUGAAGCAAAUAAGCAAAGAAGUACAUGCAUUGUUGGGGGGCAUCAUCAACAAAAGGGAGAAGGCAAUGGAGGCUGGCGAAACUGCUAAUAGUGACUUAUUAGGUAUAUUAAUGGAAUCCAAUUUUAGAGAAAUUCAAGAACAUCAAAAUAACACGAAGAUUGGAAUGAGUGCCAAAGAUGUCAUUGAUGAAUGUAAGCUAUUCUAUCUUGCUGGCCAAGAGACAACCUCAGUUUUGCUUUUAUGGACAAUGGUCCUGCUAAGCCAACAUACAGACUGGCAAGCUCGUGCAAGAGAAGAGGUUUUACAGGUUUUUGGGAAUAACAAACCUGAAAAUGAUGGCUUAAACCACCUAAAAAUUGUUACCAUGAUUUUUCAUGAGGUUCUUAGGUUAUAUCCACCAGUAACAGUGCUUACCAGAAUGGUUUCUAAGGACACUCAAGUGGGAGACAUGUAUUUUCCAGCCGGAGUGCAGGUCUCUUUGCCCACCAUCCUAGUUCACCAUGAUCAUGAAAUUUGGGGAGACGAUGCAAAGGAGUUUAAUCCAGAGAGGUUUGCUGAAGGAGUUUCAAAGGCAACAAAAAACCAAGUUUCAUUUUUACCAUUCGGUUGGGGUCCUCGGGUGUGCAUUGGACAAAAUUUUGCAAUGAUGGAGGCAAAAACAGCUUUGGCAAUGAUCUUACAACGCUUCUCAUUUGAACUUUCGCCAUCCUAUGCUCAUGCUCCUUUCAGUCUUAUAACUAUCCAACCCCAAUAUGGUGCACACCUGAUUCUACGUGGACUUUAAUAUUGAGACACAUAUUGAAGGAAAUUUGUGUUCGAUACAGCUAAUGUAUUAUAAUAGAUAUCAUUGUGUGGG